AAACCGUUUUACUUCCUUACAUCUACACUGAUUGAACUGGAAAGUUUUUGCAUAGUGGUACUUAACUUAAGAUUUAAAGUCUAUGGUACUAAAUAAGGCUAAGGCAAGACGAUAGACUGUGUGCACAAUUCAAAACGUAACCUGUUGUUUAUUUGAUGGCAUGUUCUCUGAAGUAGCGAUAACCUGUUGAUGCACCGAGCAUCUUUGUUUACAUUUACACACGUAGCUAUGCUAGCUAGUUCGUUUGCACUAGAAGUAAAAAACCUUUACGAAUUGAAGGUAUAAUGAUGAGUUAUUAGUUGGUGAUAUACCUGUCAGACAUUUACACAAGCGGGAAAUGUGGCUUGAGCAACUAAAAGGUGAUAGGAUGGUAUAUUAGUUGAAGUCAACAUGUACACACAACUAGUCUAAUGUUAGAGAACCAGAACAGUUUCACCCAAGAUGAGGACAAUCUAAGCAGUCUGCUUACACUGACGGGGCUCAGUUUGGACCAGAAUCUGAGUCAGUCAGCUGAUGAUCCUCCAGCCCAGUCAGGCUGUGUUGGUCAGGAGAGACAUGCUCUUCUUUGUAGUUUAACCUCCUGCAACUCUGGGUCAGCCUCAGCCAGGCCAGUAGAGAUGGAGUCUUUUACUGCACGGAAGAAGUCGGGCUAUCUGCGUCAGGAGAACGCUUGUCUGAGCCUACAGAAUGAGCAGCUCAUCAGUGACCUCGAUGCGGUGCAGUAUGAAUUGUCCUCCUUCAAGUCACAGGCUGACCUGAGGAGCUCCAGGAUGGGAGUUAAAAACAAUGUAGCAGUCAUGAGUGAACAGAUUUGUCAUCUUCAAGCAGAAGUGGAGGCUCAAGCCAAAGAUCUAAAGGCAGCAGAGCUGAAGGCAGACUGUAGCCAGGAAGCAGCUGCUCACAGUGACAUUGUGGUGGCGAAUCUCACCGAGGAGCUCAGUACACUCAGAGAAGAGCUAGUCAACACAGCAGCACUGGGCAAACGGGCUGAGCAACAAAGGAACCAAGCACUUCAAAAUGCUGAGAAACUCAAAGAAGCAUUCAAAGAUUAUAAGGCCACCAUUUCCAUUAAACUUAAUAUGGUGAUGGAGAGUGAGGGUAAACUCAAAGAGAGUCUAAUCGAGUGUGACAGAGAAAAAGAGGAGUUGGAAAUGAAGUGCGCCGUGUGGGAGAGAGAAAAGGUUGAGCAGAACCAAACAAUAAGUCGGCUGCAGGAAGGCGUAAGGCAGGCUGAGUCUGUGGCUGCUGGCUUUAAAGCUCAGCUGGAGGAGGCCGGACGAAAGGCCUUAUACCUGGAAGGGAGGCUUAAGGAGCAGGGAGCAGAGUGCAGGGAGCUGGCCUCUCUGCGAAAGCAGCUGGAAGAGUUGCAGACUCUGACCCACACUCAGGAGCACAGGGUGACCCAAAGCCACAGGGAGGCUCAGCAGAGCCAGGCGGAGCUUGCCAGCCUUGAGGCAGCACUGGCCCUGCUGCACCUCCGAGAGGUUGCUGUGGGGCAGCUGUGCAUCAGGCCCUGCAUGUUGCCUCCAAUGGAUUUCACAGGAACUGCACACCUGCUGAAGCUGAAGCCGGGUGAAGGUUACCAGCAGCUGCUUCGAGCGCUGCAGUCGAUAGAAGCCGAGCGGAACAAACAGAACAACCUGGUGGAUCGGCUUCAAGAGCGUCUGAGCAGGGCUCAGGAGGAGAUCUCCACCCUGCAGAGCUCCAUGGCCCAGAGAGCCUCCCACUACCAGAGCCUCCACACGGAGCUGCUGGACAAAGUCAGCCAAGCCACAGACACCGAGAAAGAGUUAAAAAGAAAAAGUGCUCGUGCAGCUGCACUGGAGAAACAGUUACAGGAGAAAACCUCGGCCUACAGCCAGGCUGCACUGACCAACACUGAGCUGGAGAACCAGCUGCAGGAGAAAAGCAGCACCCUUCAGCAUUACCAGUCACUAAUGAACAAAAAGCAAAAGGAGUACCAGCAGUCUUUGGAUAAGUGCAAAAAGUCUCACUCUCAACAGUUCAACGAGCAACAGCACAGAAUAGAAAUGUUGCAGUUGUCUGUGGAGGAGGCUCAGUCUAGGGUGUUGGAGAUGGAGCAGGAGCUGAGUUCUCUCCAGAGGGAGCGAGACGAUGCUCAGAAAGCAGCUCUUCUACUUCGGAGCUCCUUGGACCAGCUUACACAGCAGAGGCAGGUUGAAGAAAGACUCAGCGAGGAGUUUCUGCAGAGUUUAAAAAAGCAAGAGGCUCAGUCUGCUACCAAGGUUUGUGAGCUGCAGUCGUCUCUGUCAGCGUGCAGAGAGGAGCUGAGCGUAUACCUGCAGCGGACGGAGGAAGUUAAGAAGAACUACGAGAGUGAUCUGCACAAGAACAUGGACAAGGUCUCCUCCCUGCAGGAGAAGCUCCACAGAGCCAGUCUAGAGUGUCAGAGCUCCAGUGAACAGAACCUGCAGCUGCAGCUUUCUCUGCAGCAGCAGCAGACCAUGCUGGCUGAGAGCACGGCUCACAUCUCUGAACUGGAGGAGAGUCAGAGCCAGCUGCAGACUGAGGUGUCCAGUCUGGAGCAGCAGUUGGAACGAGCCCGGGCCGCUCUGCAGGAGGAGGUUAGGAUCAGAGAGCAGGAGGUGCAGGAGAGAGACAAAGACUUGCAGGAGACGAAGCAGCAGAACACACAACUCUCUGAAUCCGUCAGCCAUCUGAACUCGGAGAUGAAGGAGUGUCAAGGGGAGCUGCUGUCCAAGGAGUCAGAGCUGAAGCGUCUGAGGAGGGACAUCGCUGUGAAGACGUCUCACAUCAGCCGCAUGGAGGAAACCCUGCGAAACUUGACGAACCAACUUGAAAGAAAAAAUGAAAUCGUGGUGGAUCUGGAGGAGAAGCUCCAUCGCUGUGAUGCCGACAGACUCAACAGCGUUCAGCGGGUCCAGGUCCUGGGGCGACAGCUUCAGGACGUGCGUCGAGAGUUGGCCGACACUCUGGAGCAGCUACAGACACUCCGAGAUGUUCUGCAGAGAACACAAACCACCGCAGACGAACGGCAAGAGACGGUGGAGAAACUGACUUUUCAACUUAGUGAGACCCAGAGGGAGUUGGAGGAGAGAACUAACGAGGUCUUAGACAUGGACAAUGCUCUGAAGGAAAGACAGGGGGAGCUCCAACAGCGAGCACAGCUGCUGGCCCAGCUGGAAGUGGCCAUCCGAGAUCACAAGCAGGAGAUGGAGAAGAAGGUGGAGGCUGUGCAGCAGAGCCUGGAGGCCAGAGAGAGAGAGUUGAGGGAGUUCACUGACAGAAACCUGAAGGAGUCCCAGCAGCUCACUCAGCAGCUGAGUACAAGUCAGCAGAAACUUCAAACCGUACUGCAGGAGCUUGAAGAGACUCGAUGUGUCUGUGAGGCUUUAAGCAGAGAACUAGACGCCACAAAGCUGCAGAACAAAGACAAGGAGGUCCAGCUGAGUAGCGUGGAGGAGGAGCUGGCUCUGAAGGAGGCUCGCUGGCUGCAGUUGGAGGCCGAUCUGCGGAACACCAUCACCUCUUUGGAGGUGGAGCUGGAGGUGGAGAGGGAGAGGCACAACAAGGAGCUGGAGUCGGUGCAGCAGACUCGAGGUCAGCUCCUGAAGGUCUCUGAGCAGAUGUCCUCCACCAUGCGCUCCUCCCAGGAGCAGCUCGCGGCUAAACUUCAGCAGAGCCAGAACCAGCUUGAGCAAGUCAAGGCCGAGUGUGAGCAGACCAAAAUCAAAGUUGAUCGAACUGAGACUGAGCUGGAUCGCACACGCAGCCACGUCAUUCACCUCCAAGCGCAGGGAGACCAGACUCAGGCUGAACUCCUGCAGAGUAAAACCCAGCUCGAGCAAACCAGAAUCCUGUACGAGCAGUCCAGAGCCCAGAACAGUCACCUCCACGGCCAGCUGGAGCAGCUCAGCGUGCAGUUAAAUCAAGCUAGAGUCCAGACAGCCGCGCUGCAGGACCAGCUCUGGGCCUCUGAGAAGAAAAUGGAGACCUCCAGUGAGUCUCUGCUCAUCAAGGAGUCUGAGGUGACACGUCUCCAAGCCCGACUCUCCAGCCUGGAGAGAGCUGCAGACCGCCAGAAUCUGUUCAAUCACUCUCUCUGCCUCCCUGCUAUGUACUCCUCACAGGGCUCCUCCUCUCCUCACUCCCCUCAAUCCUCACCCAGAAUGUCACAGACAACUGCCAUGACUUCUAACAACCCUCUCUCAGCUCCCCUGUUCUCCCCAACACCACAAAGAACUUGCUUAUCGCCCCUUCCUCACACACAGCCCUUCUCAGCCCCUUUUUUGUCAAAUCAAACUUGUGAUUGGUUGCAGAGGAGCAGCAUCGACUCCUCUCUGGAUUUCCCCCUGAGCCUGAAGGCCACACUGAGGGAGUUAAGCAAACAGCCAUUGGAGUCCACCUCCCCCUCUGCCUCCUCUUUCUCCACAGACACAGUGGACCACAGCUGGCAGGGCCUCAGUGCUGCAGAAGCCACAGCCACCCCUGACCUCUCCUUUAAUCCGCUCACAUACAUGCUGGACAGGCACGACGACAGAGGCCUGCAGGAGGAAGACGAGGAGCCGACAAGUGAGUCGAGGAGGGAGUCUGUGACCACUCUGGUGCCCGAGGAGGAGAACAAGAGUCAUCUGACGGGAAUGAUGAAGUUUGUAAAUGAAACGUUAGCAAUGCAGGAGGACCUCACUUUGUGGAGCUCAUCCACUGCUCGUCCUCUGCUUUCACAGAGCUGUACACUACAGGUAACCACACUACUCUCUCAUAUGUGAAAUUGUUAGAAUUUUAGAGGAACUUCAUCUGAAACUACUCAGAAAAUUGUUUCUUUCAGUCACUUCAAGCUGAAAUGUGGAACAAGCUUUUGUUUCAGCUCCAAAAAGCUUGUUUCACAUAGUUUAUAUUGUUGAUUUAAAUGUUUGUGUUAUGGAGUUAGGAGUACAAAACAAAUACUCCUAAGACAAAACUUCAGGUUUAUGGAAUCAUAAAUGGUUUGUAUACAUUUUGUAUGACCUUAUAUUGUCUUUGCACUGUUUUUGAUGUACAACAAUCCUUGUUAACAUUUUUUUUUUUCAAAUGUAGCUUCAGCAAAGUCAAACCAACAUUUAACUCAAGAAUAUUGUUUGGAUUUUACAACAUAAUCUUCCACCAAGAAGGAAGUGAUUAUUUCUGUGUAGUUUCAUAAAAUGCCUGCCAUUGGGUCAGUGUACCACAAGGAGAUUUACAACACAACACAGCCUUUGUUUACAUUUCCACAGCAACUUUUUACAGAGAGUGGAACGUUAGCCAGCUAAAAAAAGAGGCAGAAUGAAACUGUUCAUUAGAGAAACUUACACACAUUUACAGGAGAGCACCAGGAAAGAGGUCAGAUGUAUUGAUUUCUACAAAGAGGACACCAAAAUCAACACGAUAAAGUUCCUCAUAACAUUCAGAAUGAAGCACACACAUAUUUGAAGCUCAGGGUUUCUGGUCAUGUGUUUUUUUUUGUAUCACUGAUCCAUGUUUUCUUUUUCUGUUUUUAGAGGGAUGUCAAGGAGACAUGAAGUGGAUUUGUCCAGCAUGUUAUGAGAAAAGAGGAAGAUGAGAUACCGUCCCUCUGGUUGCGACUGAAAUCAAGCUUAAUGUUUUCCAUCAGGGAAAAAGAUAAAUGAUCAGUCAAAUUAAAACCACUAUGCAGACUAUGAGGAUGUUAGCUUUACAGUAUAAAUGUAGCAUGUACUUUCUAAGUUGUAUUUUACUGAUAUUUAUAUUUCACACAUUUUAAAUAAGCUAAGUGAAUAAAUUGUUUUUUUCAGACAAGA